AUGGCUGACAUCCCCUCAACAUUCAAGGCCGCCGUGCUGCCCACGGCCAAGGGCAAGCACGUCGUCGACGAGCGCUCCCUCAGCGCCCUCGCCACCGGCGAGGUUGCCAUCAAGGUCACCGCCACUGCGAUCAACCCCGUGGACUGGAAGAUUCGCGAUCAGGGUAUUCUUUACAACAAGUAUCCGGCCGUGCUAGGCUCCGACGCCGCCGGCGAGGUUGCCGCGGUUGGGUCCGGCGUCACUUCCUUUGCCAAGGGCGACAGGGUCUUCUUCCAGGGCAUCCUCACCAGCCUCGACAACUGCACCUUCCAGCAGUACUGCAAGCUACCUGCGGAGCUGGUGUCACACACGCCCGGCAACAUCAGCGACGAACAGGCCGCCGGCGUGCAGCUGGCGCUGAUGGCUGCCGUGACGGGCUUCUACCACAACACCGGCCACGGCAUCACGCCUGCGCCCUGGGAUGUCGAGGGCGGUGGCAGGGAGGCCGGAAAGGGGAAGGCCAUUGUCAUCCUGGGCGGGAGCUCGUCUGUGGGUCAAUAUGCGAUCCAGCUGGCCAGGCUGUCGGGCUAUGAGAGGAUCGUGACCAACUCGAGCGCCUCACAUGCCGAACACCUGAAGAGCCUCGGGGCCCACGUGGUUCUAGACCGGAAGACGCAGUCAAAGCCAGAUGAUUAUCGUGAGGCCAUCGGUGACAUCCCACUUGACUUUGUCUGGGAUUCCAUCGCGGAGGUGGAGACCGCGAAGCUGGGCAUCGCCAUCCUGGGCCUGGUGAAGACCGUCUCGGAGGAGCGCCAGGUUGUUGGCGUGUGGAACCCCAACGACAACCCAGACCCAACUGCCGGGCCUUACCCCGAGGUUGUCGAGGCCGGUCUGUCUGCCAGCCCCAAGGUUAACGUCAAGCAAAUCUUGGGCCUUGGCAGCGCUCCCGACAAGCGUUACGUCAGUGAACCUGUGGUCAAGGCCAUCGGUGGCGAGGAUGGAUGGAUCGCAAAAGGUCUGUUCCAGCCCAACCGGCCGAUUGUCAUUGAGGGUGGCCUAGCGGCUUUGGAUCAAGCGCUGGACAGGAACAAGGCUGGUGUUUCGGGAGAAAAGGUUGUCAUUAGGCCAUUUGGACCAUAA